AUGUCAAAACCGACGUCCUUCUCCAAGCAUCUCGACACCUCGAUAUCUGGAUGCCGUCAAAACAGCUCCUGCAACCUGCCUCUCCCGAAGGCUCGCCGGACGUUGACGGUCAACGAUCCAGGAGCCCCGCAUGCGACGGGUAGAGCCAUUGGAGGUUCCAUCGCGCUCGUUGCUCGAUACGACAGGCUCGAGGAGAACUCCGGGAGGGCGUACUACACGGACAAGCACUUGAAGGCCGCGUCGCAUAACUCGCCCGUGAUGCCCGUUCUCCUCGCGCUUGUCAGGCCGUGGUACAGCGACUUCUUGGUGACACAGUUCAUUCUCCCGUGUGACCAGUGCUUGCACAAGCCGGCGGACGACACUUUCAGUAUGACGACACGGGGCCCAACGGCCACGUCGAGAGUCAUCAAAGGCGGUCAGUGCCUCAACUUUUCAGAGCAGGGGCACGGCCGGGCGGGCACGAAUGGCCAGAACGCGCUUUACAUAUCAGCUCGCGGUACACAACCCGUCCUAGCUGACUUCAUCGCUUCCGCAACAAUGCGUAUCUCGCGUCGUCGACCGUCGUGA